GAAUUUUGGCGCCCUUGCAGACGAUACAAAUUAGGAAGGUUAGAAUCUUUUGGUGAUCAUUAAAUUUCACAGUUAGAGCAACAUAUUGAUAGAGGAAGUAGCAUUUUAUGUUGUCUUGAUUUUACGUAUGGUUUAAUUUGCUUGCCUAGUAACAGGAAUGAAUUGUAAAAUAUUAUUGUAAAGUUUUGAUUGACAAUGACAGGCCUACAUUUCAUAAGCUGCUCUUGAAUGAUUGAGUUAAACAAUUGCCUUCCUCUCCUAAUGUCAGAUGAAUAAAACAACUACUUAGGUUAUUUUACAUUUUAAACUGGUCUUAUUCUUGGAGAAGAUUAUUAUUAUUGCUGCUGCGUCAGAAGAGGAGCAUGGCUUUCAAUGAUGGUGCAGUUAUGGACUUGGACAGACUGAUUCAGAGUUGUGAAUUUGAAAACAAGCAGUAUGUGAAGCUAAUAGAAAAAGAGAAUCAGCAAAUUGAAGCCUAUGAGAGAGAAAUUGAGGUAAAACAAAGGGAAAGUAUAAAGCUGGAAGAAGCUAUUUCUCAACUUGACGAGGACACCAAACGUGCUCACAAGCAAUUCACCCUCAACAGAGACAACUGUGAAAGCCUGCGGAAGACGAUGGUGGUCCUAAUGGAGCAUGAAGUAGCCCUGAACAGAAAACUGAACUGCCUCAUUGCCAAUGGAGAGGAUGAAAGAUUACAGCAUGAAGGUAUAGUGAAACACUAUGAAGACAUCUAUGCUGACUACAUGGUGAAGUACAAGACAUUUCCCUUAGUGAGGGAUCUGGCAGAGUACCAGGAACAGAUAGCAGCUAAAGAACAAAUCGUGCAAGGAACACAAGACAAAAUCAACACUCUGAAAAACCAACUUGAUGAGGCACAAGGCGGCUCAGAGGUCAACUUUAAAAACCUGAACAAAUUCAUCAUAAAACUUGCUGAGAUGAAGCUAGAUACUGAGCAUGCUGUGUUGGAAAAGACUCAGUUUGAGGCUGAGCUGUUGGAGAUUCAGGAGAAGCACUCCAGACAAGAGGAGGGAACUGAUGUAAUUGAUGGAACGGAGAUUGAUGAACAGCCAGCCAACGUCUCUGAUGACAGCUUUGGAGAAGAUAUGUCCACCAUGAUCGGAAUCUACAACAACAAGGCUGAAACUGAUGUGAAUAUUAACAACUCGGCCGAGAUUCUGGAGCUAACUGCAAACACGGCCAUGCAGUCCCCUCCUGCAGAUGAUGUUAUCAUGAAGUGUCUUCAGCAGCAAGCAUCCACACCUCAACCGGAAACCGCUGAAGAAAUCCCAGUGACAAGAUUGUCUGACAUCCAUAUCAAUGCUCCACUACGUUCUCCCAGCAUACUGAAUAGGGCCCCUCCCCCUUCUCCUGCAAUACAGAAUGUAGCACCUGUUCCUGUUGCUGCUGACACCACACAGAACAGAGCUUCGCCUCUUGUUAUGAGGAUGGGAACACAGGACAGGACCAUGCCCACCUCACUCACACCACAGUCUGCCAGCUUGAGGUCACCCAAGGCAGUGCUUAUGCCAAGUUUUAUAUCUAAAGAGUCAAAAUCUCAACUUCUGCCAGGACAAUCAAGAUCGUUCAUUCUAAAGGCAAUACACUCACCUCAAAUCCCACUCUUUCCUAAAUCUACAUCUGUACCUGCUCUCAAAAUGAAACAUGGCGUCAGCUCUAUCCAGACAUCGGGCAAACAACGAGGACCUUCCUUGGUCAUACCUCCCAGGGAGCAGAGGAGGCACUCAGCAUCUGUCCCCAGGUUGCCCUUAGUACUGAACCAGAUCCGAGUGCCACCAAAACAAGCACCUGCUCCUCCACCUAAUCCAGAAGAUCAAAAUAGCACAGAAGCAGUUGGCGCAUCUCGAUUCCUGUCUCCAGUCAGUGAACCUCGACCUCGACCCCCUUCCUUUCAAAAUCUGACUGCCCCCCGAAAAUUGGAUGUUGGUUCUGUGGUACCCCCCUCGCCGAUCGUGCAACAACCACCAACCACACCUGUAACAUCCCGUCAUUUUGAUAAGCCAGUUCACAGCAAGAGUCCCCAGGAAGCACCCGAUAAUGUUGUCAUGGAGAGCCCCGACAGAUCAACAUCAAGCCCCACCACUCCAGGUCAGACUAUGGAAUAUGGGGUGGAUCCAGAGAGUCCGUUUAACCUGGAGAAACACAUUGAGAACAUCAACCUCCUGGCCAAGUCCCCUGGAGGACCAGUGUACACCCAGAGACCGAUGUUUGACAGCGAUGGGACACAAACGGAGGGUAAAAGUCCUGGUCCAUUUCUACAGACCUUCAGUUCAGGUCCAAACGCCCAGCCAUCAAGUGAGGGCAGAUGUGAGAUGGACCAGCCUGUGUCCAGCAUGUUUAGUCCUACUCCCGAUACUCCACUAUCAGGGGGCAUGGUGAACCUGUUUGGGGGGCAGGACAAGUCAGAGCACCCUGACACAGCAGAAACAAGUUUUAUUUUUAGCGGUAGAUCGGAACAAAGUGACCGCUCAAGUUCCUUCCUAUCCAUGUUUGAGUCCCCAACUGGGGGCGCCAAGUCACCACAAAACUUCAGUUUCAACUUUGUGGGUGACAGCACUCCUACAUCGAACAAGUCUGAUUUUGCCUUUUCCUUCGGCAGUGGUGGAGGAGAAGACCGGUCGCCCUCCAUCUUUAACUUGUUUUAGGUUGAACAAUUGUUAUUUAAAGUUAAAGCUGUUUCAUCGCUCAUGUCAUGAUUUAAUGCAGUUGAUAUAUACAUAUACAUUCAAUUAUUUUC